GUCUGUCUAUACAGAAUUAAUGUAUCAUUUAGCAUUAAUACCGUAUUGUGUAGUCAGGGAAAAUUAUAUUUGUUUAAUUACUUUUACUGGUAUGUGCUUAAACACAAAUAAGUGAGUAGCAUUAAUCCAGAGUCUCUCAGUAUUUGAUGCAAUUCUUUUACCAACUAAGUUCAUUGUUUCAGUUCUAACCGCAUAUGAAUGCAGCAAGACUCCUGUCGUGUUGGCGAAUAAAAGUUUCCGGUCGAUGCUCUCAGGGCAUUCGAAAUAGCCUUAGCUUACCGUUGAUACAGUCGCACUGUUUCCUAUAUCGACUCUUGCCAGUAGACCGGUAGUUUUAAUGGAAAUGUAGCCUUUGGCUUUACAAAUGGUGCGUGAGUGUGGAGCUCUUCCCUGCAGCAUCAGCAACUUCAUCGUUACUGCGCUGUCGUUCUCCCAAACACCAAGGCUCUCUUAUCUCCCAGCGUGCUUGCUCUGUUCUUUAGUUCUUCAGUAUUUCCCCCACGGGCCAUUUGACCUGAAAUCGCUUUUACCAGCCCAUUACUCACCCCUUCGUUGUCUGACCCUUUUUAUUCAAGCACUACUGGACUGCCAUCCGAUGGUACGUUAUGAAUAGAUUCAGAGAGACGUGAUUACUUCCCGCAUUUUCCACGGUCUUCCCACCCCACUUGCCCUCCAUCCCCAUGUAAGACAAAUGGGCUAAGAAAGACCUUUUAUGUUUGAGUAAAAAAGUGGGCUGUUCAAGUUUUUUUCUUCUCUGACUAAUUUCGUUCCUCGAUCUUUCUCUUACCUUAUUCACAAGCAGACGGUGCGCAGGACUUAAUAACCUACACCUUUGAGUGUAUUUAUUUGGGGGAAAGCCGGUAUUCGACAAGAAUUCUGCCGAUUUCGCCAGGUGGGAAAGAUUUACACCUGUCGAAAAAACAUUAAAGCAAAAUUGCAUUGUAAAAGACAAGAUAAAUUGCCAACUCAGUCUGAAGAAUGCGAUUGACUGUGUCACUACCACUGCUGCUGUGUGCCCUCUGUCCAUUUAUCCUGGCAUCGCUGCCGGAAUCGGACCCAGGACCAGCUCUUGAGCCGGAACCUUUUGCACCUCCUCCAGAUGACUCAAGACUUCUGCAGGUGAUCAUCCCCCUGCUGUCCCCUGUGUCUGCCGUCCUGGGCGGCUCUCUCACUCUGCCCUGCCUGGUGUCUCUGACCAAGCCGCCCCCCUCGCCCCCCUUCCUGGGAGACCACACCCCCCCUCUGCCCCGGGUCAAGUGGAGCUUGGUGUCCUCGGGACAGGACGCAGAGAUCCUGGUGGCCCAGGGGGAGAGGGUGAAGAUCAGUGAGGCCUACUCGGGACGGGCGUCGCUGCCCAACUACGCCUCGUCCCCUGCCGACCUCACCCUCAGGCUGGAGGGCCUCCGCUCCAACGACACAGGCAUUUACCGCUGUGAGGUGCAGCAGGACCUGGAGGACGCCCAUGACCUUGCUGAGGUCAAGGUCAAAGGUGUGGUGUUCCACUACCGACAUGCCUCCAGUCGAUAUGCUUUGUCCUUCUGGGAGGCCCGGCAGGCUUGCGAGGAAAUCGGAGCCAAAAUGGCCACCCCGGAGCAGCUCCUGGCAGCCUACCACAGUGGAUUUGAGCACUGUGAUGCCGGCUGGCUUGCUGACCAGACUGUCAGAUACCCCAUCCACGCGCCACGGGAGGGAUGUUUUGGGGACAUGAAUGGGAACCCAGGAGUGAGGAACAGUGGGAUGCAGGACCCUGAGACACUUUUUGAUGUGUACUGUUAUGCAGACAACAUUGAAGGCGAGGUGUUCCACUCCCCUCUGAACCUCACCCUGGGGGAAGCCAAGGCCUUCUGUCAGAAAGCUGGGGCGAGACUGGCCAGCCCUGCUCAGCUCCACGCAGCCUGGAACGACGGCCUGGACCACUGCAGCCCUGGCUGGCUGGCGGACGGCAGUGUGCGCUUCCCCGUAGUCACGCCAAGGGAGCGCUGCGAAGGACUCCAACCGGGAGUCCACACCGUCUAUCGUCACAGCAACCAGACGGGCUUCCCCGAGCCCCACAGUCACCAUGGCGUCUACUGCUUCCAAGGUCACGGGAACUCCCAAACCGACACGCCCCUGGACUACCUGUCCACAGAGCCAGAGCACACGAAUCUGGACCUGGCGACCCAGUCAGAGCCGCUGGAGGAGACUGGCCAGGGGACAGAGCAGGCGGAGGGUGAAGCUAAGGGCCCCCCGGAGUCCUUCUCCAUCUCCACCGGGCGGCGCCACAGGAAGAGACCGGCGAGGGCCACUGAGGCAGCUGGGGAAGCGCUCCCCUACACAAUCACCCCCGUAUCUAUUUCCCGGCCCACCAGUGACAUCAGAGUGGAGUCCGUUCACCCCCGCAAGCGUCAUAGGCACUCCCAGAACCAGUCCGGAAGGAGGAGGCCCCAGGGAGCCAUCACCAGAGUAGCAGAGGAAACUUCUGUCUCUACUCUAACUCCAGGCCUGGACUCGAGUCUCUCGGCUGAGACCACUAGCUCCCCCGACCAGACCACCAGCUCCCCCGACCAGACCACCAGCUCCCCCGACCAGUCCACCAGCUCCCCCGACCAGUCCACCAGCUCCCCCGACCAGACCACCAGCUCCCCCGACCAGACCACCAGCUCCCCCGACCAGACCACCAGCUCCCCCGACCAGACCACCAGCUCCCCCGACCAGUCCACCAGCUCCCCCGACCAGUCCACCAGUUCCCCCGACCAGACCACCAGCUCCCCCGACCAGUCCACCAGCCUCCCCGACCAGACCGCUACCACCGAGGCUGCCUCUGGGGAGGAGUCUGGUCAGACUGGAGUGGACUCAAACCAGGCUGUGCUGUCAGAUUCCACUAGCCCCGUGCACGUAGAACCAGAGGCAGAGGACCGGUCCGUGGAAUCAUCCUCGGUAGGGCUGGUCCCCAUCAGUGAGGAAGAGAGCACGGCAGGCGUUCCCAUGGAGACCGGGUCCAGCGACAGGGAAAUCCCUGUCACCCUGAUGACCCCCGUACCCUUCAUGCUCUUCGGUCCCACCUCCUCUCGCUGGCCAGUGGAGGUGGAGUCCAAAACCUCCAAAGGCCUAGAGACCAGCGUGGUGUUGGGGGCGGAGGUAUUAAAGGACAGGAAGGGGAAGGUGGAGCAGGAAGGGCUGGGCAGAAGCCCGGAGGUGCUGCACCCAACGCAGCAGCCCAACGAGGCCGCCUCCGGGGAUGACAUUAGCAACACAGGGUCUGGGAGCGCGUCCGGAGAUGUGCUGGAUCACUCCGGAGCGUCAGGGUCCGGUUCUGGUAUGGACGAGCCCUCGGGCUCAGGCUCCGGUUCUGGUUCUGGCUCCGGCGCCGGUGAGGGCUCAGCAGUUACCGGCUCCCCUGAUUUCCCGUACCCGACCGAAUCCUUCACCAAUUUCACCGAGGGAGCCAACGACAGCACGAACGCCACCGUGGUGACCGUUCACUAUACUUCCAGUAACACAGAGGAGGCGAGCGAACCCCAGGCUAGCGUCACAGGCCUGGACGUAACGCUUCUCCCUGACGAGUCGCAGACCUCCAGCUGGGACAUGCAGCCCUCUCCCACCGCCCCGCAGGAGUCCCGUUCAGACCUGGAGUACAGCGGGGAUCUGCUGCACCCAAAGCCAUCCGCAGUGCCAAACCCCAGGCAGGUACUGGAAGCAGCAGGGAGUAUCUCAGAUGCAUGUCUGGAGAACCCCUGUGCCAAUGGAGGCACCUGCAUAGAGAGCGGAGUGUCUGCCAGGUGCCUCUGCCUGCCUGGCUAUGGAGGGGACUUCUGUCAGGCAGACCUGGAGCAGUGUGAGGCAGGCUGGGAGAAGUUCCAUGGCUCCUGCUAUAAGCACUUCUACAAGCGUCAGGCCUGGGAGGUAGCAGAGCAGCACUGCCGCCUGUACGGGGGGCACCUGGUGUCUGUGAUGACUCCCGAGGAGCAGGAGUUUGUCAACAACAAGUUCAGGGAGUAUCAGUGGACUGGUCUGAAUGACAGAACCAUAGAGGGAGACUUCCAGUGGUCUGAUGGAAACCCUUUGCUGUAUGAGAACUGGUACCGUGGGCAGCCCGACAGCUACUUCCUGUCUGGGGAGAACUGUGUGGUGAUGGUGUGGUUCGACGAUGGGCGCUGGAGUGAUGUUCCCUGUAACUACCACCUCCCCUACACCUGCAAGAAAGGCACUUCUCUCUGUGGUCAGCCCCCCAUCGUUCCCAAUGCUCUGAUGUUUGGUAAGCUGCGUCCGCGCUAUGAGACCGACUCGCUGGUGCGCUUCCACUGCAAGGACGGCUUCUGGCAGAGGCGCUAUCCCGUCAUCAAGUGCCUGCCGAAUGGCCAGUGGGAGGCACCCCAAAUCCAGUGUAUCCCAACCCUGGCGACCACGGAGGGUGAGCAGCAGACGUCCCCCGCUCUGGAGAUGGAAGAAGUGCUCAUGGACGACACGGCCACCGAGAAGGCAGCGCCUCAGUUCUGGGACGUCAAGUGGAAUUUAUAAAUGCUUAACCCUCUGCUCCUCUCUUUACACCCCGUUCUCUUUCUCCCUCAGAGACAGUUCCCCGUCUCCCGUCCAACACGUUGGACUAGUUUACAAACUGUCCUCAACCAUUUCCAGCUCAUCACACCCUCUUUUCGCCACAUCUUUUCUAAAAACCCAUCUGUGGCUACGUUUACUUGCAGUCAAUAUUCUGAACAACUGAGAAGUCUGAACUAGUGCAUUCAGAAUAUAUAUUCCAAAGAAGCCAUUGACACGAAUACUAUGAUUUAACAUACACUUUACUUUCAUGCAGAUACGUUUUCGAAAUUCAAGAAAACUUGAGAAUUCAUCUCACUUUUUAGGAGAUAACAGCCAUGUGAACAGGUAGGUACAUUAACUAGAGAUCAGUUGAGCAAACACACUCAAUACAACAGACGAUGUCUGAACCACAAAAUUGUAUGCUUGUAUCACUAGCAUGAUAUACAUUGCUAAAGAGAUGGUACAUGUACCCUUGCUCUUUCACAUCAUAAUUAUAUGCUUAUAUUUGCUAUUCUGUUAUAACCAAUCUUUGUUAACCCUUCACAUAUUUAGCAUAUUUUUUGCCAGUUAUCUGUAUGAUAAAGAUCUGCUUGCAGUUUAAAUUAUUGGCUUAAUGUGAUGUUUACAUUUACUAGCAUUCUUCUGUCUAAUGGAUAUAUUCCAUUAAUAUUCAGAAACUUUGCAUUUAGAACUCUGUAAUGUGGAAUAUUUUAUUCUGAAUGGUCUUUUAAAAAAAGAAUUGUGACAGAAUAUUAGCAUGCGGUGUAAACGUGGCCUAUGUUGAAUUGCUCCCUUAUUUCAGAAUUGUGAUAUUUUAAUGUAAUGUUGCAGACAUUAUGUUCAGUGCAGAGGCUAUACUGUUCUCAUGAUGUCAUUUAACCUUAAGUCUCAUAUACCCGCUAUCUAACUUCUUAGUCAGGGGUAUAAAUUUGAUGAUUUAAAGGAUGGGGUUCAGGCCCAUCACAGAGUGGUGUGUCCUUUAGUUAGAAUUAUGAAAUUAAUCACGUGAAGUUAAGCAACUUUUGAAGUAAGGGGUUUGGCAGGCGCUCUGAAAUGGACAAAAAUGUAUUGGCUGUUUAAAGUUUGGGACAAACUGAUAUAUACUAUGGUAGUCAGGUCUAAGAGUCUCUGAACAAUCUUCAGUAUUAGUCCACGUGAUAUCUUCCCUUUGACUAGUCUUGUCUUUAAUUUCCUUCUUUUCCCAACUUUAUCAAUAUUUACAUAUAUGACCUAUGAAUCUGGUGCUUCAUUUUUCAUGUCUCUAGUGUGUUUAGGGUGAUGAUGGGGGUAGAUGGGCCCAGGUGUACAUAUAAUGAUGUUUGAUAUGUUAUAAGCAAGGCCCACUGAUAACAAGAGCAGUAAAACACAUUGUGGUCACCAAUAGCUUGUGACCUCAAAGGCUUUUUUGAAUAGUAGUACUCUAAUUUAAAUGCAUAAGCGUAGACACAUUAGUUACAUGUAAUUUCUAAUGCUAUAAAACUUAUCCAACAUUUUAUAAUGUAAAUAUUCACUGAAAAUAUUCUUAUCCAUAAGUCAGCUCUGUCCUAUUUAAAGGAUCACAUGUUUAGCAUUUUCUCAGAAAUGGAUAAUCUGUAUGACAUCGUUUUAAUGGAAAGAUUUGUGUUGUAGCAAUAUGUGUAGGAUUGCCAAUUUCACAAAAUAACAUUAAUUAAUUCAUUCUCAUCGAUCAUUUAUUUUACCAAUACAGUUCCACAGUAAAUACAAAAUCCAUUUUCAAAUGUAAUUAAAUGAAAACAGCAGCAAGUACAUAUUUUUCUACUAGCCCUGUAAUUGAAGCAUAACAAUGUAAUGUUUAGUGUUUAAUGUUUAACAUUUAAUUAUCAAGUAGAAGUUGGCGAUGUGGUUUACAUUUCUCCAGUAUCUUUCAAACCAGCGUUUUCCGUCCAAAUAAGAAUCAUAUUCAUACCCUCAAUCAACAAUCCUUGGAAUGUGUCCCCUUCCUAAGGGCCCACAUUUAUUAUCAAAAGCAAUAAACCAAGAAUAAUCCAGGCAAAAUCACAUAUCAUAUAUCUUCCAUGCUCUAUUAUUGUUAAUACUGUACAUUCAUUUAGUAGCUAACUUGUUUGUGGGGUUGCAAUUUCAUCCCAGUGUAUUAAUGUUUCAAAAAUUAGAGUUCAAAAAUGUAUGGUAAUCUUGUCAUACAAUUAUAGGUUGAGCUGUGCUCAGAUAGAAACCAUGAUUAUAUCACAAAGCUCAAGCAGUCUCUUUGUAUUGUUUCUGUAAUGGUGCAGCAUCCCUAUCAGUAAACUGAUGUCUUAACAGGUAAUUAAAUUGUAUGAAGAAUAUGGUGAAUUGUUAAGCAAAUAGGUACCAUCUGGUACAUGGUACCUACUUGCUACUUGCCACACUGUUACACACUUUCAUAAAUGACUAGGUUUUCUAACAGAACUGUUAAUGACGUUGCUGUUUUUUUUAAACACCUUUCCUGUCAUUUUCCCGAUGCUCCUUGCUAACUCUGUAUGGCUAAUGCAGUACAGAUAAUAAUUAGUGUGAGUACCUGUGAUCUUGAAGAUUAUGUGUGUCAGCCUUAAUGGAAUAAAACAUGGAUACUGUUUUUAACCCAAUAA